UGAGCGAAGACGGGCGAUAUUAUUUUUAUUUUAAUGCAAUAUUGGCUUUUGUGAAAAUCGUGGACCGUGGAUUUGAACAAACUUAUUCCUUGAAAUAUAAUAAGCGUUUGGUUACUAAAUUAAAACGAAGGCCUAAAUCCUUUGAUGUUAACACACCGUCUUCUUAUUUAAGUCAUUUUAGAACUUUCACCGGAUACAUCGAUAAUUCGAUUAGUCGAAUCAGGGUCUGCAAAUCAUUCUGCUCCAUUCAGUUUCAAGUAGACCGAUCGUACUAUGUAUCCGUGCGUAUGGUCAGCUACCGAUAUAGCCGUGUGAUGUACUGCUGGGAUCGUUUAAGUGACAAAGCAAAAGCGUCGGCUCCCACUCGCCAGUAUUAUCCCAUCCGUGAUUACGUUCCGCCGGGAGCGGGUCGCUCGGUUUAGUCGCCGCGAGGACUCCAAAGCGGUAAAUACGGAGUCGCAAAUCUUCCUCCGUAUAAUUUAUCGCCAAGAUUUCGAUCUAAAGAUGGUGCAGCAGGAUUUGACUUAGGUUGCAGGACCGCGGAUGUGCUAGUGACGGUGGGAUGGGUGUGUGAAGCUCCCGAAGUGUGAGACAGGCUGAUUCAUCGGUGUUCAGUGUAGUGUUGUGAAGUGUCUAGGCGAGUGAAAGGCUGCCAGGCCGGAAUGCCUUCCGUGAUGUUGUCUGCGGUGCUAGAAGAGGAGCCCGAUCUGUACGAGGCGUUCCCUCCACAUGUUGAUCCCUCCGGAAUCACUAUACUCACUGAGAGUCCUCCCGGCAAGAAGGCGCCGCUCAAGACCUUCGAGGAGCUCCAGCCGCUGCUGCAGCAGGGCCGCAAGCGCGAGCUCAAGCUCAUCAUCCGCGAGAACUCGUGGCCGAUCAACAGCCAGAUUCGCGCGGCGCUGUGGCCGGCUCUGUGCCGCCAGCACCAGCACGGCAAGUCCAUGCUCGACGGCUUCUACUGGGACAUGGUCACGCAGGUAUUCGGCACGGUGGAGCUACCGGACAAGCCGAUAAUGCUGCCGCCGUUCGUCGAAGCGACCCACUGCCUGGGCUACCACCUGACCCGCAAGGGGCGCGCCGUCGCCGACCGCGUGGUCUCCGUGCUGGGCUACGCGUGCCCCGACAUCACGUACAGCCCCAGCCUGUACCCCAUCACGGCGGCGCUGCUGCACUUCAUGCCGGAGGAGGAAUGCUACCACUGCAUGGCCAGCCUAGUCGCGUCGAAGGAGAAGAGGUUCAUCACACAGACCAAGCUGCUCAACGAGGUCACGUGGAAGACCGUCAUGCAGAUCGCCAAGAAACAUGCCAGAGUGGCCCUACAGCGGCGAGGCAUGUUGCAGAAGUCGGCCGCGCAGCACCUAUCGCGGCUGGCGGGCACCAUCGCCCCGGAGCGGAUAUACGCCGACUGGCAGUGGUGGAUCCUCGCAGCGCUGCCCUUCCCCCACCUCGUGCGUGUGCUAGACUGCUUCUUCCACGAGGGCAUUAAGGUGUUCUACCGGGUGGCGCUGGCCAUCCUGAUCCUGUUCCACAAGUACUCGUCUAACCAGAGCUCGGAGUGGUACGCCGAAGCCACAAAAAACGGUGUCGACCACGCCAUAGACAAGUUCUGCAAGAACAUGCCCGCCUCACCCACCAAACUGCUGGCUACUGCGUUUAGCAUACGAGCGCUAAGCUCCCAGUACAUAUCGCGGGUUUUCAUCAAGACGGAGAUGACGCUAAACUCGAAGGCCGUGGUGUGCGGCGCGCGGCUCGUCCGUUCCCGCUCCUCCGACAACCUGCCCACCUCGCAGUCGCAGGUCAACAUACAGAUGAUGUCGCACACCCUCACCAUACGCGAGGGCUCCCAUUCGCCGGGCCCGCGCGCCCUGUCGAUGGGCGUUUACCCCAUUCAGUCGAUACGGUCGCAGAUCCUUGACCAGACGGAACUGUUCACCCUGUGGUCGUGGCUGCCUGUCCGCAUCACGAUGUACCAGCCGGUACUGUUAUACACGACGGAGGAGCACGGGUGCUCGCUGACCACUUUCUACGUGCGGGUGGAGCACCAUGAGCCCACGCUGCUCAUGAUCAAGACCUGCAACAACGAGGUGUUCGGUGCGUAUUGCUCGACGCGGUGGUUCGAGCGCAACCAGAAGGACGAGCGCGGCAACCGGCAGGCCUACUUCGGCACCGGGGAGACAUUCCUCUUCAGGCAACCCGAGGUCUGUUCCAGCCUGCACCCGCUCCGAGCGAAGUAUCCGUGGGUGGGAUGCGCGAGAGACGACGCGACGCACGCUAACUCGCUCUUCAUGGCGGCCGACAAUACUAUGAUCACCAUCGGUGGCGGGGAGGGCCAGGCGAUAUGGAUGGACGAGAACAUUCGGUACGGGAAGACGGACCGGUGCUCCACGUUCAACAACCCGCCGCUCUGCCCCAGCGGGGACUUCGAGAUCAGAGUGUUGGAGGUGUACGGAUUCUCCGGCGCGUAGGAUCGCUGUGAUUGGCCGAGCUGGGGGCUUUCAGGUGUUACGUAACGCUGAGGUAGGAGGGGGGAGUUGCGUG